CGUAGACGUCAUCGCCUCAAGCCAACUGUCCAUCGUCAAAAACGCGACCAAGGCCAGUCUGGCGCCACUUCUUGCAAACCUUCUCACUCUCUCUACACCAGUCAUUGACCUCUCCUAAUGCUGUGGCUCUUUGAGAACCUUGUUCAUAAUGGUUACUACUCGACGUGCUGCGAGGGCGGCUGCUGAAGCGAACGAUACGGUUAUGGAUUCUCCCUCGAGAUCGACUUCGACGCCUCGCUCGUCUCCUUUCCUGCCGACACCUCUAGAGAGAGCUGGACUUGUGUUGUUUCCAGCUCUUUUGAUCUUCGGAACUAUCUUCUCUAUACUCUCGCCGCAGACGCGCGCAGCACCGUACGAUCCUAUCGCGCAGUCGCACCUCCAAGAUCCUAGCGUUUCUCCGAGCUACUUCGCGCGCAAGUCCAAUAUUUUCAACGUUCUCUUUGUCAAGCGAGGCUGGGCAUGGAUCACUGUUGCAUUCUUUGUCUUUAUCUUCAGCCAUCCUAGCACCACCGACACAGGACGACGUGUUCGCGCGAGUCUGCGAUGGGUUGCUGUAACAACAAUGUGGUUCCUCGUCACGCAGUGGUGCUUUGGGCCUGCUCUGAUUGACCGUGGUUUCCGAUGGACAGGUGGCCGCUGCGAGCUCGCUAGAAGGGAGGUCGAAUUCGGUUCGGAUACUGUUGGUGACAAGGUCACGGCAGUGGCCUGUAAAGCUGCCGGUGGAAAAUGGAAGGGAGGUCAUGACAUAUCGGGCCACGUCUUCCUCCUGACACUAGGUACUGCGUUUCUCAUGCAAGAGGUUGGUUGGGCUGUGUUGAGAUGGUCUGGCAAGCGAAACGAGGAGCGAUGCGUUGUUAUGACCGACGGAGCUCUCAAGAGCGCUAAUGUCGAAUCUGAUACAUCUCUGGGCGAAGGUUCCGAGCGACCUGCACUGGGACUGGGCGGCAAGUUCGCUGUAGGUGUCAUGGGACUGAGUGCUUGGAUGCUACUCAUGACGGCCAUUUACUUCCACACAUGGUUCGAGAAGUUUACUGGACUCUUGACAGCGGUGACGGCCUUUUACGUGGUGUACAUUGUGCCUCGCUUUGUACCUGCUGUAAGACAGGUCAUUGGUCUUCCUGGCAUAUAGAAAGAGGCAGGGUGUGAUGAGCUAUGAGUGAUGCAGGCGGAGUACAUAGAUGUAAGAUAGAACGAAUUGCAUAAUCCCACUGUAGUAGCAUCAACUGGUUCUUUA